AUGGUUGCUCAUCUUUGGAGAACAAGAACUAAGACAGUCUUUGACAGCCCUCUUGCCACUUCCUCAGUCUUGUUUGCAGCUGAUAUUAGAACCAAACUCAAUCCUCCACUGCCUCCAAACUUCAUUGGUAAUGCAGUCAUCACUACUGCUGCAACAGCAAAGGUUAUGGACAUUGAAGACAAACCAUUCUUAUUUUGUGUGGACAAAGUGAAGACAGCCAUUGAGAGAGUGAAUGAUGAGUAUGUGAGAUCAGUGAUUGAUUGGUUGGAAGUUCAUAGAGGAGGAGCGCCAUCAGCUAUGAAUGGGAACUUCUAUGUGUCUGCAUGGUGGAAGUUGCCAUUCCAUGAGCUUGAUUUUAGUCAUGGGAAGCUUGUUCAUGGAGGACCAGUGGUGAGUGGAAUGGAUGAGUUUGUACUGCUUCUUUCUAAUGGGAAUGGAAAGGAAGGUGGUGUCAAUGUGUGGAUGUCUAUGGAGAAGAUGAAGAUGGAGAAGUUCUUGUGCUUUGUUUAUGAUUUUUAA